AUUAAUAUUAUUUUUAUUUUUUCCCCAAAAAUAAAGACUACUGUAUUUCUUUAAAAAGAAGUCCAUUGAAAGUUUUGUAGUAAAGAAAAAGAAAAAAAGAACACUGCAAGUUAUCGUCGAUCGGGAAUGGUGAAGGAGACGGAGUACUACGAUGUUCUAGGGGUUAGCCCUUCUGCUACAGAGGCUGAAAUCAAGAAAGCUUAUUACAUCAAGGCACGGCAGGUUCACCCUGAUAAAAACCCCAAUGAUCCUCUAGCAGCACAAAAUUUUCAGGUGUUGGGAGAGGCCUACCAAGUAUUAAGUGAUCCGACACAACGACAAGCAUAUGAUGCCUACGGGAAAUCAGGAAUCUCGGCUGAAGCAAUUAUAGAUCCUGCAGCGAUAUUUGCAAUGCUUUUUGGUAGUGAGCUUUUUGAGGAAUAUAUAGGACAGCUUGCUAUGGCCUCAAUGGCUUCACUAGACAUUUUUACAGAAGGGGAGCAAGUUGAUCCUAAAAAGUUGCAGGAGAAAAUGAAGGUUGUUCAGAAGGAGAGAGAAGAAAAGCUUGCACAAAUACUGAAAGAUCGACUAAAUCAAUAUGUGCAAGGAAGCAAAGAGGACUUUGCUAAUCAUGCGGAAGCUGAAGUGUCGAGGCUCUCUAAUGCAGCUUAUGGUGUUGAUAUGUUGAAUACAAUUGGUUAUAUAUAUGCAAGGCAAGCAGCAAAAGAGCUUGGGAAGAAAGCGAUAUACUUGGGUGUGCCAUUCAUUGCUGAGUGGUUUAGAGACAAAGGCCAUUAUAUUAAAUCCCAAGUAACAGCAACUACAGGUGCAAUUGCUUUACUUCAGCUUCAGGAGGAAAUGAAGAAGCAGCUUAAUGCAGAAGGAAACUACACUGAGGAGGAGCUUGAAGAGUACAUGCAAUCUCACAAGAAGAUACUGACUGAUUCCUUAUGGAAGCUUAAUGUAGCUGACAUAGAAGCUACUCUUUCUCGUGUUUGUCAAAUGGUUCUCCAAGAUGGCAAUUGCAAAAGGGAAGAACUUCGAGCACGAGCAAAAGGGUUGAAAACCUUGGGUAGAAUCUUCCAGAGGGCCAAGUCUGCCAAUGGAAGUGAGAGUGAAACUGUUGAAAGCAGUACAGUACAUACAUUGGAUGGAAGUGAACCGAGCUAUGACAGCAGUUCUCUUAAUGCAUCAUCAAGGUCUCUAAACCAGGAAGAGUUAUCUCAUUCUACAUUUGCGUCACAGAGCCCUUAUGUGGAGGCCCCUAACUUUGUGGAUACUCAGUUCACCUACAACUUUCCAAGGCCAACAGCACCACCUGGUGCGCAAAGGACAUCCUUGAAUUAGCCGCGAAUGAGGUGGUUCAUCCCUAAAGGUUCGUGCUUUGUAUUCUACAGCUACCAUAUUUGUGGAUGCAGCUGUCACAGGUAUUUGAAUGUCAUAUCAUAUUUGUUCAGGCAUACUUGUCUCUGAGUGAUCUGAUCAUUAUGUGUUGUUGUGUUUAAUAUAUUUAAUUAUUUAUGACAGAUUAGAUCUAUAUGUAUAGAGUGAAAGAAAGAUGGUUGUAGAAUAUAGGUAUUUCUAUUUCACAGUUAGGCUUAGAUUGCCUCUUUUUUUUUUUUUUUUUUUUUUAAAUUUGCAUUUGUUGUGUUGUGGUUUUACAAUGUAAAUUAGUACAUACACCUUUUGACAUCCUUAUUAUUUGAAGCAGAGUAUCGAAUAUUGACUUUGUGAUACAUCAUAUUAGCAGUAUUAUUUAUUUAAUAACAUAGUACCAGUAUAGUAAUAAGGUUAAAAUACUAAAAGCCUUUGUAUUCUUUGAGGUAAGCUUUCUGUUUCUUUUUCCUAAUAAAUGCUGCUUAACAUGAGAAAGGAUAGUAUGAAACAAGAAUAUUAUUCCUUUUCAAUAAUUUAAUGUCGCAUCAAUAGUUUCAUCUUGAAUUUCAGGAUUUUCAUUUGGAUAUUAUUUUUUUUCAAGAUGAAAAUGUUGAUGUGGCAUUAAAUUUAAAUUACAGAUGACUUCACGUCCUUGUUUCAUACAAUCCUUUCUCCCUUACCAUACUCUUUUCAUUAGUGUCAAUGUUACACAAAUUAUUACAGCUUUUUGUAAUAGUUUGUGUUGCUGAGUAAUGUUAUACAAAAUAUUACAGGAUUUAUAAUAAUUUGUGAUAUCGGAGAAUGUUGUAUAAUUAUACAAAACAUUACAAGUGUCGUAGUUAUUCGUGAUCUUUUCUGGAUGAUGUUAAAUGAUACUAAGUUAUUCUAUGAUAUGAAUUUCAAUUUCUUCAUA